GUGGAUGCCUAAAACAAAGCUUCUUAUCGAACUCAACAAAACUCUCAGCCCUCACCGUUCCCCUCUUCUCCUCCCUCUAUCCUUCAGCUUUCUUCUAAUCAUUCCCAAGAUAGGAUGGAUACCUUCCUCUUCACCUCCGAAUCCGUCAAUGAGGGCCACCCAGACAAGAUCUGCGAUCAAGUCUCUGAUGCCGUACUCGACGCCUGCCUAGAGCAGGACCCAGACAGCAAGGUCGCAUGUGAGACCUGCACCAAAACCAACAUGGUUAUGGUUUUCGGCGAGAUCACCACCAAGGCUAAGGUUAACUACGAGAAGAUCGUGAGGGAUACCUGCAGGGGUAUUGGGUUCGUGUCCGACGAUGUUGGUCUCGAUGCGGACAAGUGCAAGGUCCUUGUCAAUAUUGAGGAACAAAGCCCUGACAUUGCCCAGGGCGUCCACGGCCAUCUCACGAAGCGACCUGAGGAUAUUGGAGCUGGUGAUCAAGGUCACAUGUUCGGUUAUGCUACAGAUGAAACUCCUGAGCUGAUGCCUCUUACCCAUGUUCUCGCCACUAAGCUCGGUGCUAAGCUAACCGAGGUCCGGAAGAAUGGGACGUGCCCAUGGCUUCGCCCUGAUGGCAAGACCCAAGUGACCGUUGAAUACCGAAACGAGAAUGGAGCGAUGGUUCCUAUCAGAGUACACACUGUUCUUAUCUCCACUCAACACGAUGAGAAGGUCACCAACGAGCAGAUUGCGAAUGACUUGAAAGAGUAUGUGAUCAAGCCGAUUAUCCCGUCCAAAUACCUCGAUGAAAAUACCAUCUUCCACCUCAACCCGUCUGGCCGCUUUGUCAUUGGUGGCCCCCAUGGAGAUGCAGGACUCACAGGACGGAAGAUCAUUAUCGACACCUAUGGUGGGUGGGGUGCCCAUGGUGGGGGCGCCUUCUCUGGCAAGGAUCCAACUAAGGUGGAUCGCAGCGGUGCUUACAUUGUAAGGCAGGCUGCGAAGAGCGUGGUCGCAUCGGGCCUGGCACGGCGCUGCCUUGUUCAAGUGUCGUAUGCGAUCGGAGUGCCAGAGCCACUCUCAGUGUUUGUUGACACAUAUAAGACGGGUAAGAUACCGGACAAGGACAUACUGAGCUUAAUCAAGGAGAAUUUUGAUUUCAGGCCAGGGAUGAUAUCUAUCAACCUCGACCUGAAGAGAGGUGGGAACUUCAGGUUUCAGAAGACUGCAGCCUAUGGGCACUUCGGCCGUGAUGAUCCUGACUUCACUUGGGAGACUGUCAAGCUCCUCAAAGGCAGCAAGGCAUGAUAGCAUUUUUUUUGCCAAAUGCCUGUGGUUCUAAUUGCUGUGUUCUUUCGUUGCUUCUUUCUUCAUAUUGAGGAAGAAGAAGAGUCCUAUCUAUAUAUGGAGAGUCGGAUAUGAGACGAGUUAGACUGUUGAGGACAUGUAAAAGGAGUGUUUGUCUUUGUUGCCGUCUUUUUGUUUUUGUUUUUGUUUUUGUUUGGAUUGAUUUUGAUUGUUUUUUCACCAAACAAGAGUCUUGUUCGGUUGGAGGAAUUUUUGUGGGAGGAUUAUGCUCCUCUAUUUUGUUUUGUACUUCAUUUACUAUUUAUUUAUUCAUUCGAAUUUUCUGGCUUCCAUUUAGUAAAUGUUGUUGUUACUAUCUCAAAAAAUUAUCAGACUUUCUUCGGUAAGACUGUCACCAACCCAACUGGGAAGUUUGAGGAGCACGCUAAUGGGGACUCUUAAUGUGUUGUUGGACAAGAUCCAGACCGCAUCAGGUGGGUCCUAUCAUGAAGAUUCCCAGACCCAAGAAUGAGGUUUUAUCCCUUGU